AUGUCAUAUUCAUCGGAUAGUAGCUCUUACUCAGAUGAUGACGAUGAUGAUUUGGAUGAUAUGAUGAUGAUUGCUUUCUUAAUAAAGAACAAUAGGAAUUUUAUUGACCGAACUCCUUGUAGGACAUCUAUGCUAAGUGGAAAAGAAUACAUUCGAGAGAUAAUGUGCGGUAAUCCUAACCAGUGUUAUGAAGCAAUUAGGAUGAAGCCACAUUAUGUGUUAAGAGCUUUGAAGGCAUUUGCUCUUACAGUAGUUAAAACAACUAACAGAGGUGAAGUUCAACCAAAAAUUCGAGCAGAUUCGAGAUGGUAUCCAUUCUUUAAGAAUUAUAUCGGUGCUAUUGAUGGCACUCAUGUAGCAGCUUGGGCUCCAUUAUCAAAACAAAAGUCAUUUCGCGGAAGAAAAGCAGUGCUUGUUACACAAAAUGUGAUGGCGACUUGUUCCCAUGAUAUGAUGUUUACUUUUGUGUAUACCGGCUGGGAAGGAACAGCGAAUGAUUCUCGUUUUCUAAAUACUCGACUUAAGUAUAUAUUUGCUUUAUGUGGUGUAGAUUAUUUCUAUGUUGUUGAUAGUGGGUAUCCAAAUCUAAAGGGAUUUUUAGCUCCAUAUCGUGGUGAGCGGUAUCAUCGGUCUGAUUGGCAAGGUGGUAGUGGAGUUAGAGGAAAGAAAGAAUUAUUCAACUUUGUACAUUCAUCAGUUCGGAAUGUCAUAGAGCGGGCAUUUGGUGUUCUUAAAAAAAGAUUUCACAUUUUGAAAUAUAUACCAAACUAUCCGUUGAGACGCCAAAUGUUGAUCCCACAUACAUGUUGUGCACUGCAUACUUAUAUACGGAUGGAGGAUAGGGCAGACACUUUAUUCAAUACAUAUGGUGGUGAAAAUUUUCAAGAACUCACAGAAGGCUUUAACGUGGUUCAAGAGGGUUUUCCUUUGGAUAUGACAGAUCAAGAUGAAAUGCUUCAAGUUAGAGAUUCAAUUGCUAACAUGUUAUGGGAAAGACAUACACAACGUCGUCGGGGGCGUUCACAAUAUUGA